AUGACGGACGAAAGUGUGACAGUCUCCGAUCUUCCAAACCCGGAAACCAAAAAGGAAAAAGAAACUGCUGAUGUUCCAGAACCAAAGGAAGCUGCCACGGCCGAAGCUAAUGGAGACUCAUCUCAUCAAAAUGGUGAUUCCAAGGCCGAGACUGAAGUCAGUACCGCUGCCGGUGACACUGCCGCGGGAGACUCUAUUGCCGAAGAAAGGAAAGUGGAGGCUGUAGCUGAAGAAGACGAGAAGAAGGACGAAACAGUUGCUGAACCUGCAGUGGUUGCCAUAGAAACUAAGAUGGAGGAGGCCAAAGUCACCGAGGAAAAGAAGGACGAGGCACCAGAAACUUCUGAUGUCAAGGAAGAUGCUGUUGGAGAAGAAAAGACCGAGGCUCAAACUGGAACAAAUGAUAAGGAGGCAGCAGCUGCUUCGAAAGCAUCGGAAGAAGUUUCUAAUGCUCCAGCAGAGACACAGGAAGAAAAAGAGAUUUCAUCAGCUGCUGUUGAGAAAAAAGAAACAGAAGGAGAAGUUUCUAAGAAGGAGACUGAGAAGCAAAUAACGGACGCUGAGGUAAAAAAAGAUGCCGAAGCUGAAGAAGCUGUUGAGGAACAAGCCGCUGUUACACCGGUCACUCCUUCCGGACGUGGUAGAGGACGUGGACGUGGAAGACCACCAGGACCAAAUGCGAAGACUCCAGCCGAGAAGAAGAGAACUCCAAAAGAAAAGCCCGCCGUCAAUCCAGAAUCUAUUGCAGCCAGCAGGCCACGCCGUUCAACCUCAAACAGAAUUGAUUACGCAAACUCGGACACCAGCACUGUUUUGGCUGAAGUUGACGACGAAAUUCCAGGCAAACUUUUCAAAGGAAAAAGAGGCCCUCGAGGAAAAAUCACUAAAUACGUUUCUGAUUCUGACGGUGCUCCAUCUGAUGACGACGACGUCGACUUCGGCAAGAAAAAGAAGGGAGUAGCUACUAGAGGAAGAGGACGCCCUGCGUCUACUAGACCAGUUAGAGCUGCUGCGACCAAGCGAAAGGCUAAGGAUAUGUCUGACGAUUCGAAUGACGACGAGGUCGAAUACGACGACAAUAGCGACGAAGAAGAGGCUGUUCCUAAGAAAAAGGCCAGAGGAGGUCCAGUUCCUCCAAGACGUGGAGAAGCAGCUGCCGAAGAUGAAGGAGACGAAGAAGACGACGACGAUAACGGUGAAGGUGAAGAUGAAAAAAUGGAAGCGACCGAAGCAGUAGAAGCCUAA